AUGUUGGAGGAUCGUAACGAAAGUUUUCCCACCAAUUUGAACGUUAUUUUUCGUCCGGAAGAUUGCAUGAAUUCAGAGAAGAAUAAUAGCGAUCAUAGUAUUGACAGUUCUGUAACGAAUUGCAAGAAUAGUUUAUCAUCGACAAAAAUUUCCAGUCUUUCUACAUCAUCUCCUACAAUGGUUAUUGACGAGGAAAAGGAAGUGGACAAUGAUAGUGCGACAAAUAUAUUAACUUUAAAUAACAUUGAUGAAUACUCAGUGGAAAUGUUAGCACGAUUAACAUCUUCAACGAUGGCCAUUCUUACAAAUCAUCAUUCUGGUAAUGCUAUAAAAAAUGGUACAACAAAGAAACGGAAAUCACAAAAAUUUAAACCAUCAAGUGUUUGGAAGCAUUUUGUUCGUUUAUCUGACGGUAACGUACGUUGCGUCCAUUGCGCAAAAAUUUUAAAACGAAAAGAUAGUUCAACGAAGACAAUGUGGGGUCAUUUACGAGCGAUACAUUUCAAAGGACAAGAUUGGACUAUCCUACAACAACGAGCUCUUCGAGAUCGUAAUCGACCUCAAGUAAAUCGAAUAGAUAUGCAAUCGCUGGAUGAAUUCGAUCCAAGUGGAAUUAUUACAACUCAAAAUUGGCUUGAACAACGGGUCGGUAUAAUAUGUGAUAAACGACAAGAAGGUCAAACGACCGGCGAUUUGAUUGGGCAAUUGGACGACUCAUUGACAGAUUGGCAUAAUCGUUCAUCGUCAUCAUCAUUGGUUUCAAACGGCUGUACAACAACAAAUUUAAAAAAUAUUGAUCACAAUCCAAUCAAUGAUUGUACUUAUAAUGGUAAUAGUUUAAAUGCGACAUUUGCACAAUCAUCAGAACGCAAUAACACGGAAGAAAAAUCACUUAACUUUUUAUCAUCUAUACCACAUACAUCUGAAGUUAUCAAUAUAACUGCUGGUUAUACUGGAGGUAUUGACAAUCGUUGUUUAACAGUUAAUGGAAAGUUAGAAGAGAAUGGUAAUGGUUGCUACAGCAAUACUAAUAUAUCUGCAGCGGCGGUAAAUGUUUCAAACUCUCUGAUAUCAUCUGUCCAAAAUCAUUUAAAUAUUACUGAUCAAUCAAUUACAUCGAUCAAUCCAGCGCUCUCACACAUCUUUGAUUCAUUUUCGAUAUUUGAUCCCGAUUCAAUGAUAAUAUUUAUGCGGACAGCUACUGAUUUAGAUUGUACAUUAUCGUUUCAUUGUCGUAACAAUCAACCGAAGCUAUCUUUUGAAUCAAAUCGUACAGCUGCCAGCAAAUUAAAAGGUAUGGAAAUAUGCUUAACUGAAAUUAACGAUGAAGUGAACAUUAUUGUGCAAAAUGAUGGAAUAGAACUUGGUAGAGAAUCUUGGAAAAAAACAGAUAAAGCACAAUUCAUGUGGGCAAUUCGUGGAAAAUGUCAAAAAAUUCUGGCUCAGUAA